CUUUUAAAUAAAUAAAUAUGAUUUUAAAGAUGCUUGAUUUUCCGAUGUAAAAAGGGUAGUGGCGGAAAUAAGGGAUUUUGCCAACUAUAAAUAACCCAAACACUCGCAAAAAUAUAAAUCAUCCAAACAAUAACUCAAUUUCAAAUUACAAAGAAUAUCUAAUAAGCAAGUUACAAAUUGUGUACAAACAUGGAAAAGAGCAACGUUGUUUUGUUGGAUUUUUGGCCAAGCGUGUAUGCAAUGAGAGUAAAAAUCGCUUUGGAGGAGAAAGGAGUCUCAUAUGAGUGCAGACAAGAAGAUUUUCAAGCUAAAAGCGCUCUACUUUUAGAGAUGAACCCGGUUUACAAAAAGAUUCCGGUUUUGAUUCAUAAUGGAAAAUCCAUAUGUGAAUCACUCAACAUUGUUGAGUACAUUGAUGAGACUUGGAAUCACAAACCUUCUAUUUUGCCGUCUGAUCCUUACAACCGAUCUCAAGCCAAGUUUUGGGGAGAUUACAUCGACAAACAUGUAUACAGCAUUAGAAGGAAGAUAUGGAUGGGAAAGGGUAAAGAACAAGAAGAAAGUAAAAAGAAGUUUAUAGAAUGUUUGAAGACUUUAGAAGAUGAGCUUGGAGAGAAGCCAUAUUUUGGUGGAGAUGACUUUGGAUAUGUUGAUGUGGCUCUUAUUCCCUUCACAAGUUGGUUUUACACAUACGAGACUUAUGGGAAACUAAGUAUGGAGGAAGAGUGUCCUAAGCUUGUGGCUUGGGCCAAAAGGUGUAUGGAAAAAGAGAGUGUGGCAAAGUCACUCCCUCACCCUCACAAAGUAUGUGGUUUUGCAAGUACAAGAUUGAAGUAGUAUGGUAUAGUGUUUUGUUAAAGUAGAAGAAGUUUAUGUUUUAUGUAAUAAGCAAAUCAGAGUUGAAAAAAAUGUAUUAAUGGUUGCCAUUGUAAAAUAUCCGUUACUUUUAUAAUGCAUUGAAGUUAUUCCAAGACUUAAAA